AUGUGCGUUUGGAGUUUGCACGUACUUUGGGCUAAAGGCAGAAAAGUAGAAUUUUUGUGCCCGCGACAUUUGAACGAGACGCGUCCUUUGUUUGUGUUUUUGCGUGGUUAUGCGUACCGACUCCCAGUAAAAAUGUUUACACCCAUGUCGCGUUGUGACGGAGACAACAUGCCAACAUCUUCUUCUCCCGUGUCUGUCCGACGGGUUGUGGCGGAGCUGCUCGGCACUCACGCUGAGAGCCCCAGCCCUCAGCGUCUUGCCGCUGGAAUUGCACGCAGGCGGGGGGAAUUGACGGAAAUGAAGGGGGACACAUCACGUGACAGCCAGCUGCAACUGCGGCAGGAAUUUCUCUUUGACGUUGCGGAUGACUGGCAUGAUGCGUCGCCAACUGCGACUUCAUCCCCUCCUCCGCCAGGAGAAAAGGAAGAGCAACGGCCGGAGCAUCAUUCGCCCCUGUCUCCAACGUCCCCCUCCGCAUGGCAGAGGGAAGACAUUGCGAUCCGUAUGCGGCAGGCCAUACUACUACAGCGGGAGGAGUCUGUUGUGCGGCGUGAAAUGGAAGCCUUUGCGCGGGAGGAGAGGAUUGCGCAACGAGAGGAGCAGCUGCGCCUUCUACAGGAGCGUCUUGCUCCGAAGGUUGUGACGGACGCGUACCGACAGCAGUUGCACGAGGCAAAGUGCGAGUUGGAAGAGCGGGAACGGGGGGUGGCGCAACAACUCACUGCCCAGCGGCAGGAAAAGGAACUUCUCGACACGCGUGCCGAAGAACUUGACGUCCGCCAGCGUGAAUUGGAGGAGGAGCAGGAACGUCUGUUGAACGACACCCGCGAGCAGGUGGAGCGCAUCCACAACAGUGCACGCGUUCUACAGGAAAAGGAGGCCACCGUAGCACGGCGUGAAGAGAAUUGUUCUCAGCGCGAGUCCGAGCUGAUGCUGCAGCGCGAGUGCCUCCUUAGUUGGGAGGCCUCGCUGCGUCGCCAGCAAAGCCAGUUGGACGCGCAGUGUGCGUCUGUGGCGGAAGAAUGCGCCGCAGCCCGGGAAUUGUUAUCGCGCGAGAGCAAACUACAAGAACUGGAAAUACGCCUUAGCGAGCGUGAAGGGUCGCUGUGGAAGACAGCGGCAGAGAAGGUGCCGAAUGGUCAAGGGGAGUUGAAGAGCCUGAUAGAAUUUCUUAGAGGUAUCCAGGACGAACUUUUUGCAUGCGAGCCCAUUAGACACGCAGGCUCUGCGUUAUCGUAA